GACAUAAAGAGAGCAACCUGUUGGCUACUAGAGUUUUCCGUUCCCGCGCCGGCCCGGCUGGUCCCGGACUGCAAGGCACGCUGCUCUGCGGCGCGGCGCCUAGGCGCCCUCGCCGGCACCAUGGCCCGAAAUGCAGAAAAGGCUAUGACCGCCCUGGCAAGAUUUCGUCAAGCUCAGCUGGAAGAGGGGAAAGUCAAGGAACGAAGACCGUUUCUUGCUUCUGAAUGUACUGAGUUGCCCAAAGCUGAGAAAUGGAGACGACAGAUCAUUGGAGAGAUCUCGAAAAAAGUUGCUCAGAUUCAGAAUGCUGGUUUAGGGGAAUUCCGAAUUCGAGACCUGAAUGAUGAAAUUAACAAGCUGCUGAGGGAGAAAGGACACUGGGAGGUCCGGAUCAAGGAGCUGGGUGGUCCUGACUAUGGGAAAGUUGGUCCUAAAAUGCUGGAUCAUGAAGGUAAAGAAGUCCCAGGAAACCGUGGCUACAAGUACUUUGGGGCAGCAAAAGAUUUGCCUGGUGUCAGAGAGCUAUUUGAGAAAGAACCCCUCCCUCCUCCCAGAAAGACGCGUGCUGAGCUCAUGAAGGCGAUUGACUUUGAAUACUAUGGUUACCUGGAUGAAGAUGAUGGAGUUAUUGUGCCUUUGGAACAAGAGUAUGAAAAGAAACUCAGAGCUGAGCUGGUGGGAAAAUGGAAAGCAGAGAGAGAGGCUCGGCUGGCAAGGGGAGAAAAGGAAGAGGAGGAGGAAGAGGAAGAGGAGAUCAACAUCUAUGCUGUCACUGAAGAGGAGUCUGAUGAGGAAGGCAGCCAGGAGAAGGCAGGGGAGGAUGGUCAGCAGAAGUUCAUUGCUCACGUUCCGGUGCCGUCGCAGCAGGAGAUCGAGGAGGCGCUUGUACGGAGGAAGAAAAUGGAACUGCUGCAGAAAUAUGCAAGUGAGACCCUGCAGGCACAGAGUGAAGAAGCUAAGCGGCUGUUGGGGUACUAGGAUGAGCCAAGCCCUUCUUGGACUCUGGGAGAUCUGGUGGGUGUGCUUGUGACGCGCCUUGGGCCUACCCUUCUCAUAGCUCCCCUGAGCUGUGGCUAGACUGACCAGUGCUGGGAGGCCCUGUACUUUCUCAUCCUUUCCUGGAUAUGUGAGCUGGCCCUGCCCCUGACUUCCCAGUAAGCUGUCAGGAUACUGAAGACUAGCCAUCACUUUUUACAGAUAUCUUUGCUACCAUAUGGCUCCACUUAUUUUUAUUUUGGAGUGUGUAAAAUCAGCUCUCCCACUGAAAAUUUAUUCUGCCUUGUACUAUGAUUUUGGGAAGAGAGAAGGAUUAAUUAGUAACCAACAUUUAAAAAAUGCAUGAUUUUUAUCCAAAUCAUGUUCAGAUUCAAAGGCAUAUCUUCUCUGGAAACUGAGAUUGUGUGUCUACCCUGAAAUGGAGCUCCACCAUCAGCAGUAGAGCCUUCCCCGUGUGCUGGUUAGAGCUUUACUUUCCAUGGUCCCCUCUGAGAAUCUGCUUUGCCCUCCCUCUCCUGUCUUGUGGACAGGAAUUCUAAGUUUGCAGUUUUACUUUUAUAACUUGUUUCAGAGAAAGCUACUUUUAUUAAAUAUUUUAAUAAGAA